AUGUCUCGGGGGUGCUUCGACAUCAUAGUCGGCACUCGCCUUCACAAUGGGCGUUGGAAUGUGAAGCAACCAGGGUACGGAACUGUGAUGAAGGUCAACAUGGAUGCCGACCACAAAGAAGACGCGAGCAAUGGAGACGGCGGGAAUGGAGUUGGCCGGGGGGAGACGGGAAGAAUUGCAAAAGCGGGCCGUUCCUUUGACGUGCUCGGUUCUCCUCAAGAGACGUGGGAUGCUGUCUUCGAGACAUUUCUCGGAGAGCUUAGAGCUGAGGGGUACGACACUCUCCUGAUAAACCGCAAAAAGAAGAUGACGGAUAAAUCGCGCGACCAUCACUGUGACGUCAGUUGUGCGCAUGCGGGACACGUGCGCAGAAGGGGAAACGGGAAGCGUACGACGACAGAAGACCGCAAGCCCUCGUUGAGAAGUACGGAGAAGGUGGGAUGCCCUUUCAAGAUCACCAUCACCUGGCCUCUGCGGGACACCAACCCUUCUAUUUCAUCAGUGUACUACGAAAUACAGAAGCUUAGCGACGAGUUGAACGCCAAACCCGAGGACGCAACCGACUUCCUGGCGUCUCUGAAAAGCGAGCCUGGCAUGUACUGCGACCAUACACUGGAUGCCCAGGGGAGACUGGUGGAUGUUUUUUGGUCCACCAUCGAACAGCAAGCCCACAUUGCAAGAUUUGGGGGGUGCAUCCAGCUGGACACGACGGUGUUCACUAACAGUGCUUGCUUCUGUGCAUUUUGGGGCAGGGAUUGCUGCGGUCAGUGUACACAAACAUUCGAGCGGAUGCUCAACAGAUAUGAAACUGCUGCCGGUGGGCGGAGGCCGAAGGUAAUCUUGACCGAUGCUGAUCUUGCGAUGACCGCUGCAAUAGCCUCCUGUUGGCCAGACACGCUGCAUUUGCACUGCUUGUGGCACAUCUUCAAGAAUGUCCGCAAGAACUGCUCGUCAUCAUUUCCUGACAAUGACGCCAAGACCGACAUGCUGCGUACCUUUAGACGCGCAGCGUAUGCGGCUACUCCGGAGGCGUUCGCGACGCAAGCGGCUCGGUUGAAAACCCUGGUGGCCGGGAAGAAGUGCGAAGAUUACAUGACCGACUUGAUAACAAACAAGACGAAGUGGGCGUUCUGCUGGCGGCCCACUGUCGUCACGCUAGGCAUGGUUGCCACUCAGCGCACGGAAGGUUUAUUCGGAGUGGCGAAGCGCUCGGGUGUCGAGAAGAAGCUUUCACUGUGCGCUCUUUGGGAUCGCCUGCAACACGUGAGCAAGAUGAUUGCCAUCGAGACAGCGAGGUUAGCGACCCCCCUAAUCACCCCUGGGGUGGCGUUCCGGGACAAGCACGUCGAGGAAUUCUUCCAGCCCGUGAAGCAAGAGCUUUUGGCCUGUGGUGCCAGCCAGUACUGCCAGAAAGUCGACGGAUCGGAGUCGUAUGACGUCGAACUAGUGACUUCCGGAAAUGUGGACGAAGACGGACAACCGCUUCCUCUACACGACGACGACUUUGUCCAGAUACGCAAUUUGCGCCUCAAGCUCAACAUUCUUCAGGUCGCACCACCUGAUACCGAUCUGGAGAGAGACUCGUUAGCUGACGAACCUGCAGAGGACAACACCAUGUGGGCUUGUACAUCGCUGCUAGCUUUCUUGGAAUUGGUCGCCGGCUUCCCUAUCGAACUGGUCGCGGCCGUUCGAUACAAGUAUUCGGCGAACAAUCCUAGCCACCUCGUCGCAUUCGGGCCUCACAACUUCCAUUUGCGUUCCUGUUUACAGCUUUUGCGGCGCGGACUGCCUUGCAGGCACUACUUCGCGGUUCUUGCCAACCUCAUCGGGAGAACUGGCGAAAGUGACGAGUGGAGCUUUACGCAUGCCUUCGACGGUUCGUGUGUCCACAACCGUUGGCGUCAAUCCGAUGACGGAAAGGUUUUGCCAUGGAGCGUCUCAUUCGUGCUGUCGUCGUCAGGCCACGGCGAAGGAUGGGACGGGCAUCACCAAGGAAGCGAUGACCACUGCUGGGGACCGACAUGCGAUGAAUCGUUCGAUGGCGCACACCCCGCUGAACGCGCGGUGCGGGCCGCGCAGGAUAGGCCGACAAACGUCGCGUCUACGCCCAUCUAAUGGCAAAGAGCAAGGAGAACGUAGGAGAUAUUAUGAGGUCCGUACCCCUUCACCAAGCACUGUCCGUCCAGGUCAAGAUUGACGAUUUCCUCGGGUAUCUUCUGAAGGAGACCGCCGGAGGCACAGGAGUACCCAAGAAUCCUGGGCAAGCACCCAAGAAAGGGAGACCUAAGAAGGACGGCAAAGAGGGAGCUGGCAACAUUGCGGGCCAGAAAGGAAAGUCCCGUCAGACUAGGAGGAUGAGGGACUUCAGCGACGUGCCACGGACGAACAAGAGGAGAAAGCUGAAAGGUGCUGAUACUAGCACCGAACCAGCUACCCUUGUCCCGUCACUUCCACACGUGUUUACCUGGCCAGUUAUUUUCCGUCUUUUGCUUUUGUCAUCGCUGUCCUCGGUUGCGUGGGGACAUGUUCGAGCGUCUGUGUUCAGACAGAAUUUAUGGAAACAGCCGAUAUGAAAAACGGUGUGUACCUUAGUCUGACUUUCACGUCGCAUUGACGACCGGGAGGCAACACGUUCGUGGCGGCGAACAUACGUUCAUCACCUAUGUCUCAAAAUGU